AUGGCUCCACGGAACCGAAAAGCGGAGAACGGCGAGUCGUCGUUGUCUGCAGGGGCAAGGUCGAAGGCAGCAGCCACACCAGAACCAAGCGUGGACGGCAACCUCGCCAGCGCACUGCUGCCAUCGACGGAGGUGCGCGAUGUGGUGAAGGUCAACAACGCGAGCGUGACAGAGAUGAAGCAUGCAUGUGAUGACGCGCUAAAAAGAUUCCUCUCACGACCCGAACUCUUCAAUCAAAUUUACACACAUACGGACGUACGGCUAGGCCUCGGCUGGGCAAGUGUGUUCGUUGCGCUCGGGACAGGCCUGUACAGCUGGAAGGUCGACUUCGAAAAAAGCAAACCUGCAGUAUGGGCAGGUGUAAUCCUAUAUGUCCUCUUAACAACUAUCCAAACACUGUAUGCAUACUUCAUCGAGGGCGAUAUCGUCUUCGUCGGAAAGCGCAAGACAUUUGACAAGCGCAUUGUCACAGAGCGGAUAACGCUCACAUCCACCUCCACACCCUCCAAACCCACUUCUCCUCCCGCAUACUCCCUCGGCCUCACCUACAUGCGUUCGACGUCCGGCGGCAAGUCGCUGCUCGGCCGGGGGCGCGCGAAGGGCGACCGGGGGUAUAACACAUUCUUCGACGAGAAGGGCGUCAUGGACCAGGAGGGCUUCGAGCGAUGGGUCGGCGAGAUGGUCGGGCGGGUGAUGGAAGGCAAGAACGAAUGA